AUGACGGCAAGAGCGGGAGCUGCUCCUGUGCCUGCUCCGGGAGGGUCUGAGCUCGCCUGCAACGUGCGCGGAGCAAACAAGGGGCUGAGGGGUACCACCAGAGGAGGAGGAUGGGGUGCAGGUAACCAGAGAUACACGAACGUUAUCCAACCCUCCACGUUUAAGUCCAAUACGUGGGGUGGCAGCAAAGAUCUUGGAAGAGGAUUUUUUGGAUCAUCUGAUUUCGGAUCAGUGGGCGGUGGCGGUAGAAAUGCAGACUUUUCACAGAACAGAUUCUCUGCGUUAAUGACCGGCCAAAAUAUCGAUGAUGGCUAUAAGGACGAAGAGGAGAAACUUCUUGAAGGCAUAGUGAGAGACAUGGAAAUUUGGGAAUCUUCAGGACAGUGGAUGUUUUCAUGUUACUCACCUAUGAAAGAAAAGCCUAAUAUCUCAGGUUUUCCAGAUUUCUCACCAGAAGAGCUGCAUCUGGAGUAUUAUAACAGCAGAGCAAACAAUAAUAAUCAGAACUAUAUAAAUUCUGUCCAGCAGUUAGUGACACAGUGGAGAAACAGACUGCUUGAGUUAAAAACUUUAAAUGCAUCAACGAGAGCAGCAUUGCUAUCUGAUCUGAAGAAUGCGGUCAGUCAAUCACUGCCUUCAUUUGGAUUUGGAGGGCAGCAAACAUCAAGCUUUGGGUUGUCAAGCUUUCCUGUGAACAGCAGCASUAACAGUGCUAGCAGUUUCUCCUUCAAAACAAGUUCCAGUCUUGUCAGUGCAUCAUCUGGAAGCAGCCCUGCUUUUGGGAGCCGUGAUCCUCCUGCGUUUGGGGGGACGUCCUCUCCCAGCGCCCCCGGUUCUGUUGGGUUUGGGCCUCAGCCRGCUCCAUCUGCAGCCUCUUUCUCAUUCAAAACUUCGGAAACCUCCAGYGGGUUUGGAUCUGCGGGGUUUUCGGGGUUUGGCAACCCCCCCGCUGCGAACCCCUCCAGCAGCGCCCCGCUUACGGCCUUCGGAGCGUUUAGCGGGGCGGGAGCAGCUUCCCCGUCGCGGCCGAGCGGCGCUGUGUUUGGACAGACUGUGAGCGCUCCUGGCCCCGGAGCAGCAGCGGCGCCGGCUGCGGCCACCAGCAGCCUGCCCUUGGACAAGUUAUUUACGCCCAAGACGGAGCUGUCGGCUGAAGAGCUGAAACAAUUUGAAGCAAAGAAGUUCACAAUGGGCAAGAUUCCUCUCAAGCCGCCACCGCUAGAACUUUUAAAUGUUUAGGAUUUGUAUAUUUAUUCUGAAAUUAGCAAAUUAUUUUUUUACAGUUGUUCUGUGACGCCUUAAAUACAACAAUUUUGAGGCUAGGUAAUAAAUUAAAAUGCUUCCCUGUGAGUUAAAUUUUAAUUUCCUUUCAGUUUUCUGUGGUAAUAAAUGCAGAGAUAUAAGUG